GAAUCCAGUCUCACUUGCUCAACCUGUUACUGAAGGAAGGGUUAAAGAAGAACAAAAAAGAGAACGACACAGAGGACUCAGUCAGGAAGACAAGAAGGAGAGAAAGAUGUCUGUCUGAGGGAAAUGGACACAGAUAAAUCCAGUAAUCCAUCAAAAGGACCGGAACUGAGCAAUGUCAUGGCCCCAGAGGAAACUGCCCUCGGUGACAAGAGUGACAGACAGCGGAAGGAAGAGGAAGAGGCACACACCGUCGUUCCUGACGGAUUUACUGCAGUACCAUCAGUCAGCCAGCGGAGGGCACGAGAGAAACACCGAUACAAUACUAUAGGCUACCAGAAAAAGAAGCAGAGGUCAGCUGUGGACUUUUCUACCAUGAGCAAGGGAACAUCUGCUGGUAUGAAGAACAGGGGUGCAUUAAAGCAGGCACUUUUCAGCCAGGGAGUGUCUGACAAAAAUGGCAUAUUGGAGGAACGAUAUGGUGGUGUACAGGGGCAGGUGGAUGCCCUGAAACAAGUCCUGGACUCUUUCAUCAUACCUGCUGACCUGAGGUGGACAUGGGGGCAGGGAGGUACUGAAAAAACACUGGAAAAGAGCUGGACAGACCUAGUGCACUCUCAUGAGUUUAUGUCAAAAAACCAGCGACACCAGCAGGAGGCGCUGUGGGAGCUUCUUAAUACUGAGCUUAACUACAUCAACAAACUCACUAUUGCCAAAGAUCUCGUGCUGGCAGCGCUGUCACACUGUCAUGGAUACGGAUUCCUUCAGGAAGUCAGCCCCACAAUGCUCUUUUCCAAUCUUCCUUCUAUCCUUGACGCACAUCAACUCUUUUGGCAUGAAGUGAUGUAUCCAAUGUUACAAGAAGUCCGUCUCACUGGACGACCUUUUGACCCCCUGAAACUUGAGGCAGGAUGUUUGCAGUUUCCUGACCGUUUUCCUGCAUACUUUGAAUACUGUUGGGAAGAGGAGAGAAAUGUGGAGUUUGCACGCAGACAGCUUGACACAAACCCACAAUUUCACACCUAUCUUACGUGGGUGGAGAAUCAUCCACAGUGUGGGCGAAUGAGAUUGGGCGACAUGCAGGCCAAACCUCACCAGAGAAUAACAAAGUACCCUCUUUUGCUGAAAGCUGUUCAGAAGACCACACAAAACCUCCCCACCCAAAUCGCUCUUGAGAGAAUGUUGAACAGUGUGAGUAAUUUUCUGGAAUCUAUCAAUGACUAUUUGCACCGAAAACAAGCCCUUUCUGAUGCUGCUCAAAGGAUAGAAGGAUACAAGAUAGAAGGUCUGAGUGAAGAAAUAGACAAGCAUGUUCGUGAGUUGUGCUGCUUUGAUUUGACGAGCCCAAUGAGGGGGGUUGGACCAAAUGUCAUACGGACGCUAUUACUGGAAGAAACUUUGAAGGUCAAAACAAGAAAGGACAGUAAGGAGCUCGUGGUCCUGCUCUUCAAUGAUGUGUUGUUGAUGACCAAAAUGCAGAAGAAAUCAGACAAGCUGAAGGUAGUGCGCCCCCCUCUGCCUCUGGAGAGAAUACACUGCAUUGAGCUCAAAGACGGCUAUUCGUUUGUGCUGGUGGAGGUUGGUGAUCUAGGCUGUGCCGGUAGUGUGAACUUCCUGUCCACAUCUAGUCCAGACAGCUGCACGUUAUGGGUGUCUGCUCUGCGUGAGACUCAGGCAGCAUUAGAGGCGUUGAGGAAAAAUGAGACAAACAAAACCCUGAAGAACACAAGUAAAACAGAGUUAGUUGAAUCAGAAAGACCUCCUCUUCAGAAUGAACUGGCCAACAAAGUCAUAGAGGAUCCUGGUGGCCAGUCAGACAGCGACAGAUCUCAUAGUGAUAUUGACCCGUCUGAGUGUGUGAACAGAUUUAGUUUUCAUAGUAGCAGGUCUGAGACAGACAUGGAGACAGACGUGGAGCAAACUAAAGUUAAACAGCCAGCAGAGGAUGAAAACUCUCCACUGAUUGGUCAUCGGAAUGAUCAGAGCAAACCAGAAGGAAGAAACAGGCAGUGGGAAGAGGAAGAGGCCCCAAUUAAAAAAAUAACAGAAAGGCGUGUUACAUGGAAUCAUGAACAAUCUAAUGAAAUGACACAACAGGACUUACUUAUGAGAAAUGGACACUCGUUGUUACCAGGUGGUCAUGUGGAGAAAAAUAGUAUUUCUGGCCAAUCCAUGCCAAGCACUUCUUCAUCAAACAAGCCUCUAUUAACUACAUCAAAAUAUGGGGAAAGGGUAGAAACAGGAAAACCACAUCUGGAUCCAUAUAAUGACUCUCAAGAAUUUAGGAGGAGCUCUUUGUGCAGCCAACCAGAAGAUGACAAUGGGUUCCUCACAGAAUCAGGGAGGUUCAUCAGGGACAUGAAGUCUCCUCGCUUACGGAGGAGGAAUCCGAAUAAUUUGCAACCAUCUAUCCCCUCUGAUAGUUCCAAGAAAGCUGCGAAUGGAUUGGAGCUUACUCCCAAUACAAACUCCAAUGGGAACCAGAGAAGAGCAUCCAACCCUUGCAUUAAAGUGCUAAAGCUGGGAUCUCUAAAAAACACUGCUGAAGCGUUAUGGAAUGUUCCUGAAAAGAGAUCGUCAUCAGAUCCUGAAACGCUCUCUGAACCUGAGCAGACACCUGAUGGGAACCGUCAAACAAAACCCAAACUAAAGACACAGAGGAGCGCCUCCAUCCCAGAGAUCAGCUCCUCUCAAAGUUCCCACAGACGCAGCCUCUCACCGCCACCAGACACGGACAACCAGCUUCACCCUUCUCCGCUCCAGGGCCUGCUGGAGAGGGCUAAAGAACGGGAAAAGGGACGUGGACUGGGAAAAAGAGUGGGAGAGACAAAAACGAGCACUUUUCCUCUACAAAAUUCUCCUGUCUCCGCCUCUCCAUCACCAUCGGCUAAUGAAGGAGAGAGAGAGGUAGAAGGAGAAAAUUCAGCAGGAUCCAGUAUGAUAUCUGCACAUGGAUGGAUAGAGGGAAACGUGGAUGGAAGUGACGAUGAGAUGAAAGAUAGCAGCAAUGUCCUGGAUGGCGUCAGUGUUGACUGGCCAGGCUGGUGUUUUGACGAUGAGGAGGUUUUCGGUUUUGAGGACUUUGAUGAUGAAGACUGGUUUGAACAGGUUCUGACCUCAAAUGAGCUCCGCAGGUCAGAGACGAAAAGAUCAGAGGGGCAGGAUGAAACAGAAUGCAGUGAGGUGUAGCUUUGUCUAGUAUGUAGAUUUAGACUUGUGAAUAGUGUGAAAAGUGUUUGGAGAAAUGUAAUAUAUAAUGGUUCUGUGUUGUUGUUGAAUCUAUAUGUAGCAUGACUAUUAUAGUCAAACAUAUUUUGAGUGAUAUAUAUAUAUAUAUACAGCUUUCACAUUUUUUAUUAUAAAAGAUUAACAUUGUGUCUACUGUAUAGUUAUAAUUAUAUUUACUUAAAUGUAAUUGUGUACAGAAUGUUUUCUCUUUUUUCUUGUAUAGCAAUUUUAAGAAACUUAAUUUUGUAUUUACUGUGCACAAAAAAAGAAUUUAAUUAAAACGUGA